AUGAAGUAUAAUGUACCCAAAAUGUUGGAUUCAACAGGAAAAUUACCCUCAGGUCUUCUCAGAGGCAGCCCGUGGUUCCGGGGUGAUUAUGAUCAAUGUUUGAAUAUCAAUACUACCACUAAUGGAAGGUCGUCCACAAAUAAUAAGGUUCGAGGAAAGUUCUGUGCCACGACAAUAAGAUUACCAACGUUAAAACUUGAAACGAUCGACCUAAUUUCCGAAUACGAAAAUAACAAUUUAAUUCAAGUGAUGCAGGAUAUUUUCAAACCAAUGAAACUGUCAUCAGUUUUAAAGGAUUCGGAUGGAAGGAGUUCGAAACUUCAGAUUGACGUUUGUAUUCCUGGUUCGUGUACUGAACAAGACUUGGAAAACAUUGGACAUUGGAUAUUUGGAGAGGUGUUUCGAGUGGAUUUUUGCAAAGCAAAAGACGACGUAGUGGAACUUUCCAUAGCUCAGCUGAUCUGCAUUGGGUUUUUAGCAUUCUAUAAUCGAGAUAAAAGUAAAAGUAAAGAAAUAACGCACUAUGUUAAGCUACUGAUCAAAAGAUUAAACAGGUUGACUGUUCCUGUAAUUACUUUGACUGCAAUUAACAUAAUUCUGCCUCUUCUGGUGGAAGGACCUCACUGGCAAGUGCUGGUCGAAAGUCAAAUCGACACGGAAAAAAAUUGGUGGAAAUACAUUACUCACGUUGUCAAUCUGUACGAAGUGCCACUCAAUCAAAUAGGAAUUACUUGGUUUACGGCUGCUUUGAUGCAACUAAUUAUAAUUAGUGUGAUUGUACAGUAUAUAUACGAAAGAUGGCCAAAAAAAAACUUAAUUGUCUUUUGGAUUUCUUCUUUUGUUUUGAUGGGGUUAUCAAUAUUUUCAAUAUCUAUAGUAAAGAAUAACAUUUCUCUCGACGAAAAUAUAUUACUUGCGUACCAAUGUUUGGCUCCAUUCGCAUGGACACUUGGAUUAAGUUGGGUUUGUUUGGCAUGCAUCAACGGACACGGAGGAAUAAUCAACCGAUUCCUUUCUCUCGAAAUUUUUGUGAUAAUGAAUCAUUUAAAUAUUUGGAUUUACAUCAUUCAUAUCGAAAUUAUCUUUUGCAUGUUUGCAUCGUUAAGAAAUUCUUUGAUAAUCAAUGAAUUGAAUUUGAUGAUGCUAUUUACAUUUGUCAUGCUACUUACCCUGAUCCUCUCUCCAGUUUUUUACGUAUUCAUCGAAUCUCCAAUGAAUAAUUUAGUUUCUAAAUUACUGGAGAAAUUGCCAUCUAAUUACGUUGGGCAUAACAAGAACGAAAUAAAGUUGAAAACAAAAUAA